AUGAAGACAUGUUGUGAAUCCUCAAACCUGUUGUCUCUUUCUCUCCGUGUCUCUCCUCUCUGUCCUCCAGCUGUCCUGCAGUCUGCUCAGAUCCUCAUCAUCCUGGUCCUGAUGACGGUAACGCUGCUGGUGAUUGGCUGUCUGUUGAACCACUACAAACUGUCUGCCUGCUCCUUGACAACCAGACAGAGCCGGGCCAGGAGGCAAGCGCAACACCUGCAGCAGGAUGUGUGUCUCUGGCCGUCGGACAGCGGCUCUCGACAAGGUGCCUCCGAGGUGCUGUAUGUGCCCCAGGCCAGAGAAAGGUUCACAGCCCCCUCCUUUAUGUACCGGGAGCGUUUCAGUCGCUUCCAGCCCACCUACCCCUACCUGACCCACGACAUCCACCUUCCCCCCAGCAUCUCCCUGUCUGACGGAGAGGAGCCCCCGCCCUACCAGGGCCCCUGUACCUUACAGCUGAGGGACCCAGAGCAGCAGCUGGAGUUGAACAGAGAGUCGGUCAGGGCCCCCCCCAACAGAACCAUCUUCCCCAGUGAUGUGAUAGAUAGUGGAGUGGGGGGAGGAGGGCCGAGACCACCCAGUAGUAACUCUGGUAUCAGCGUAGCCAAUAGCAGCAGCCACGGACGCAUGGAACGCCUGCCUCCGGCAUAUUGCGAGGUGAUUGGUCAGCACUACCCUGGCUUUUUUCACCACCUGCACAGCAAUAACCCACUCGGGACCUGGACCGGGGGCGGGACCAGCCAGCAGGGCCAAUCAGAAAGCACAAUACCUGCCAAGGCCAGGAAAGGGGAGGAGCUGAGGUGAGAUAGAGGAGGAACUACGCUGUCUGAGACUCCUCCCCCCUGUAAAGAGGUGUGGCCAAUCUCUCUAUGGACCGACACUCCCAGGAUGCAGAACUAAACACAACAUUAUCAACCUGCUACAACACAACAUUAUCAACCUGUUACAACUAAACACAACAUUAUCCACCUGCUACAACUAAACACAACAUUAUCAACCUGUUACAACUAAACACAACAUUAUCCACCUGCUACAACUAAACACAACAUUAUCCACCUGCUACAACACA